GAUAUCACUAUGAAUUUUCUUAUCCGAACUACACUUCCUGUAGUUCCUGAGGUGUCCAGGGUUGCAGAGUCUGAUAAUGACAAUUCUUUGCCACUUGUACAACAACUAACUUCCACUUCAGAGGGCCUUAUUUCAAAAGACCAAGUACCUAAUGGUUCUACUGGGAAUGAUGCAGCAACAGGCAGUGACAAAGUUGGAGAUGCAGGUAGCGUGGCACCAGAUGCAACUCACAGAAACCAAGGAUACCAUACUGAUGUGUCCAAAAAUGAUGGAUGGAUAACAAUCCCGAACAAGGAACUUCCAGAUAACUGGGCUUAUGCAAAUGACAUAUCACAGCUGAGGUCCUGGGAUCGUUCAUUCAUUUUUCCUGGUGAACAAAUUUGCAUCCUGGUUUGUCUAUCAGCAUCUAAUUCAACAGAGGAAUCAAAAAUCACUACUCCACCUACAGUUGUUGCUCCAUUGUUGAGCAAUGCCAAAUCCAACCCAAAUAAAUCACAUCCUAUUGAAAAUGUGAAUGAAGGAGCUAAUAGCAUAACUGGAGAAGCUUUGUGCCAACUGGUAGAAAGUGAUCGCCAGACUAAUUCAGAUGCAAGUAUAUUGAGUCCUGAGAUUGAUAUUUCUUUGACCGAGUUUCCAGUCCGUUUCGGGUGCCAUACACACCAAACAGAGAGAUUACUUGAAAGUUUUAGAAAUUCAAAUUUCUUUGUAAGGAUAACUGAGGCAGAUGAAGAACUUUGGUCAAAAAAAAAUGCCCCCUCUCAAAGGAAACCUGAGGUAGUAGUUGGGAGAAGCCAGUCUGAUGGACAAUCAAAAAAGAUUCCAAAGAAAAAUGCUAUUGCCGAAGUUGUUGAUAUGGGCGGUUUUGAUGGUAACACAUCUGGUGGAGUAGCUAGAGAUACUGUUAGAUGCUGUUCUUUAUCCAAUGGUGAUGUAGCAGUUCUUCUAGAAGUUAAUGUCGGAGUUAGUAAUUUAAAGGAUCCUGUCCUUGAAGUUAUUCAAUUCGAGAAAUAUCAAAAGAGUAAUAAUGAUACCGGGAACUUCAUUGAUUUGCCUGUUGAAAAUAAAGAUGAUCCAUAUCAUGAACUACUUCAUUGGUUGCUCCCUUUAGAUCGUAUUAUGCCUCCACCUCGUCCACUUUCAUCUCCUUUCACCUCAAGUAUAUCGCAGAAAAUAACAUCUACAUCUGGAUCACAAAUUUUCUCUUUUGCUCUAAGAAGCUACUCCAUGCCUUCACUUCCUCAAGGGAGUGGACCAGCUUCUGUAACUUCAUUUUCCAACACAAAACCUGCUUCUGAACCUGAAGAUUACAAUCAAUUUUCUUUGGAAAAUUUUCAAAAGAGUAAGGAUAUAGUUAAUGAGGGUCUUUUAUCAUUUCGAGGUGUGUCACUAGAGCCACAACGCUUUUCUGCACAUUGUGGUUUGGAAGGCAUGUAUUUACCUGGUCGAAGAUGGCGAAGAAAGCUUGAAAUUAUUAAUCCAGUUGAAAUACACUCUUUUACUACUGAAUGCAAUACAGAGGAUCUUCUUUGUGUAAAAUUGAAGAAUGUUUCUCCAGUUCAUACACCAGAUAUAGUUAUCUUUGUGGAUGCAAUGACUAUUGUCUCUGAAGAUGAGGCACCAAUAGGAGGUUCACCCCUAUCCAUACCAAUUGCUAGCAUUGAGACAGGAAAUGGUCACAGCUUACCAGACCUUGCCCUCAGGAGAGGUGAGGAGCACUCAUUCAUUCUCAAGCUGGCAGCUAGAGCAAACAAAAAUCAAGGCAACAGUGAGAUGGCUCGAUUUUUAAGAAUAAGUGCAGCUGCACCAGGUACACAUGUGAGUUCAAGUACAACUGAGGGAAUGUCGGCUUCAUCCACUGUAAAUCAGUUUGCCAUUUUGGUAUCUUGUCGAUGUAAUUAUACUGAGUCAAAAUUGUUCUUCAAGCACCUAAUAGAUUGGCGACCACGCAUUGCAAGGGAUCUUAUGGUCUCCAUUGUAUCAGAUAAGAAAAUUGAUACCCCUAUUCCUAGAGCCCCUCAACUUCCCAUUAUGGUGCUAACCCUUGAAGCUACUAAUUUAACAAAUGAAGAUCUUACAUUUACUGUUCUUUCUUCAGAACCAUCUGUUUCUCCUUCCGUAUUGUCAUUGAACUCUACACCAAAAUCUCCAAUGAACAUUUAUCCUGCCUUUCAUGAUUAUGCGGGAAAAACUAGGGAUAGGUGUAAAAAAAUUGUUCAGGUCCUAAGUCCAUUGCCUGUCACAACCACAUUUGAAAAUGAGAGCUCUAAUGAUAGUAAUACAUUAGGAUCUGAAGGACAGGAAACUUCUACAUUGCCUGAUCAUGUUUCUAGCAAUUGCUCUGGCCUUACACAUCUGUGGAUGCAGAGUGCUGUACCCCUCGGAUGCAUUCCUGCACAUUCAAGUGCCACUGUCAAGCUUGAACUUCUCCCUUUGACUGAUGGGAUAAUUCCACUUGACACUUUACGUAUAGCUGUCAAGGAGAAAGGCUUGACGUUCAUACCAGAGCAUACCUUGACGGUUCAUGCAACUUCCAGCAUUGCUUCUGGGAUCUUAUAGAUCAUGCCAACUUUGGUUCGAAAUUACUUACCUGAUAAAUACUCCACCUAUUUUGUUCCUUCCUACACUCCACAAAAUCAGAAAACCAGAAUUCACUAAAAAUCCACGCUCACAGCACUGCCUUAGCCUUCACUUUUGUAUUGUUUUUUGAAUGCUUACAAACCGAGUUCCUAAUUUUACAUUGUGUAAUGUAUUUUUCUCUUUUGUAAUUUUAUGCCAUGCUAUCCGAUUUUCUUUCAUUAUUUUCCCCAUUUUAUG